UAAAAACUUUAAAACCAAAAUCCCCAAAACCAUUUGGAACAAAAUCCCCAAAGCCCGUGAGCCAAAAUUCAACGACGGUGACGGACGACGGUGAUCGACGACGGCUAGCAGCGAGGGAGCAGCGAGUGACGACGGCGACGACGAGUGACGACUCUUGUUGAAAAUGUAGCCACUUGCUUGAUAAAGAUAGCAGAAGGAGCACGCCACACGUCUGAUAUGUUGGACGAACUUUGUAAACAUGGACUGAUUCAUCAAGCUACACAUCUGAUAGACUUGAAUUGUCGAACCAUCUUGUGCCAACCAGUUUACACCGGUUUGAUUGGGCUACUUGUCACACUUGCUUCUGGUUCAAUUGUAGCUGUCAGGACUCUUUUUGAGCUUAAUAUAAGCAGCAUAUUGAAGGAUAUCUUGUCUAUUUAUGAUCUUUCUCAUAAAAUGCCUUCUCCUAAUAUGGUUGAUGGACAUUGCAAUCAGAUAUUUCUGGAGUAGCAGUUUGCUUCUUGUCGCAGGCGUGUAAAGAUUAUGACUAACUUUUGUUUUUGUAACCCACGGAAGAAUCAUGAAGAAAAUUUUUGUUUUUUCUUUACGUUAUUUAGAUUUGUGAACAACAUUAUGUAUGUAUUAUGCAACAU